AGGCGCGCUGCGGCGGGCGGAGGAUCCGGGCCGCGCUUCCUCUCGCCAGGCCUGCGAGCUUCCUCCCAGCGGAGCCCGGGCGAGCCGAGGGGUGGGUUGGCCGCCGCCGUCGAGCCCGCCGCCGCCCUCCCGCUCCCGCGCCACCCCGCGCCCUGCCUCGGGGAUCUCCGCCGGGGCGGGGUCCGAGCGGGACGACCGCCGGCCGCACCGCCGUCGGGGCCGGUCCCCUGGCUUAGCUGUCCCUCCCGCCCCGGCCACAACCUCUGGCCGUCCGAGCCCCCGGGGCGGAGAGCGCGGGGAGCCCCGAGGCGUGCGACCGAGCGUCCGGGGCGGCCCCCGGCAGCCGGCGCGACGUUCCAAAAGCGAGCCUUGGUGGCGGCGUUCGGAAGCGGAACUCUGCCGGGGCCGCGCCGGCUACAUUGUUUCCUCCCCCCGACUCCCGCCCCCUUCCCCCGCCUUUCUUCCCUCCCGACCCAGGCCGCGCGGCCGUCCCCCUGCCUCUGCCUGGCUGUCCUUCCUCCCCCUUCUUUUCGCAUCCAUACUUCUUUGUACCGCACCCUCUGGGGACCCCUGUGCCCCUCCCCUCCCCCUUGGCCGCAUGGACCGUCCUGCAGGCCGCUGAUGCCGCCCGCGACGAGGUGGCCCGGACCGCAGUGCCCCGAGAGAGCUCUAAUGGUACCAAGUGAUAGGUUGGCCUGCCUGUAACACGGGGACACCAGAUCUCCUGAGAAGAUGUCGGCAAUACAGGCCGCCUGGCCAUCCGGUACAGAAUGUAUUGCCAAGUACAACUUCCAUGGGACCGCUGAGCAGGACCUUCCCUUCUGCAAAGGAGACGUGCUCACCAUUGUGGCAGUCACCAAGGACCCCAACUGGUACAAAGCCCGGAACAAGGUGGGCCGAGAGGGCAUCAUCCCAGCCAACUAUGUGCAGAAGCGAGAGGGCGUAAAAGCGGGCACCAAACUCAGCCUGAUGCCCUGGUUCCACGGCAAGAUCACACGGGAGCAGGCCGAGCGGCUUCUUUACCCACCGGAGACAGGCCUGUUCCUGGUGCGGGAGAGCACCAACUACCCCGGGGACUACACACUGUGUGUGAGCUGCGAGGGCAAGGUGGAGCAUUACCGCAUCAUGUACCAUGCCAGCAAGCUCAGCAUCGACGAGGAGGUGUACUUUGAGAACCUCAUGCAGCUGGUGGAGCACUACACCACUGAUGCUGAUGGACUCUGCACUCGCCUCAUCAAACCAAAGGUCAUGGAGGGCACAGUGGCGGCCCAGGAUGAGUUCUACCGCAGUGGCUGGGCGCUAAACAUGAAGGAACUGAAACUGCUGCAGACCAUCGGGAAGGGGGAAUUUGGAGACGUAAUGUUGGGUGAUUACCGAGGGAACAAAGUUGCCGUCAAGUGCAUUAAAAACGACGCCACAGCCCAGGCCUUCUUGGCUGAAGCCUCAGUCAUGACGCAACUUCGGCAUAGCAACCUGGUACAGCUGCUGGGUGUGAUCGUGGAGGAGAAGGGCGGGCUCUACAUUGUCACUGAGUACAUGGCCAAGGGGAGCCUGGUGGACUAUCUGCGGUCACGUGGUCGGUCGGUGCUGGGCGGAGACUGUCUCCUCAAGUUCUCACUAGAUGUCUGUGAGGCCAUGGAGUACCUGGAGGGCAACAACUUCGUGCACCGGGACCUGGCUGCCCGAAACGUGCUGGUGUCUGAGGACAACGUGGCCAAAGUUAGCGACUUUGGCCUCACCAAGGAGGCCUCCAGCACCCAGGACACAGGCAAGCUGCCAGUCAAGUGGACAGCCCCUGAAGCCCUGAGAGAGAAGAAAUUCUCCACCAAGUCUGAUGUAUGGAGUUUUGGAAUCCUUCUCUGGGAAAUUUAUUCCUUCGGGCGAGUGCCUUACCCAAGAAUUCCCCUGAAGGACGUCGUCCCUCGGGUGGAAAAGGGCUACAAGAUGGAUGCCCCAGAUGGCUGCCCGCCUGCAGUCUACGAGGUCAUGAAGAAGUGCUGGCACCUGGAUGCCGCCACGCGGCCUUCCUUUCUGCAGCUUCGAGAGCAGCUUGAGCACAUCAAAGCCCAUGAGCUGCACCUGUGACCUCUGCCUCUGCGCAGGCCCUGGGCCUACAGGGACUGGACCUGGAAGAUCGUGGACCUGGUGCCCUGCUGCUCUGCUUGCUGGGCCUAGACCUGAACUGAGCCCCAGUGGGCUGGCUGGCCUCUUUCCUCCGAUCCAGCAAUCUGUCCCCUCUGGCCUAAGGGCCCCACCUAGGCCUGGCACCUUCUCUCAUGGACCCACCUGUAGGGCUUGGGGUACCCACUGAGGGGGCCAAGAAGGGAGGAGGCUGAGGCGCGGGAGGCAGUGCCCCACCACGAUCAGCCUUCUCCUGGCCUCCCAUCACUCGCCUUCUUAGAGUUUUAUUCCUUUCCUUUUUUGAGAUUUUUUUCCGUGUGUUUAUUUUUUAUUAUUUUUCAAGAUAAGGAGAAAGAAAAUACCCAGCAAAUGGGCAUUUUACAAGAAGUACGAAUCUUAUUUUUCCUUUCCUGCCCCCAAGGGUGGGAGGGACCAACCCCUCUCUGGGGAUCCAUCACCCCAGCCUCGUUCCCGCAUUUCGUGUCCCGUGUCCCAUGUUGCCUCGGUCGCCCCAUGUUUGCGCUUGACCAUGUUGCACUGUUUGCAUGCGCCCGAGGCAGACGUCUGUCGGGGGCUUGGAUUUCAUGUGCCGCUGCCGCUCACCCACCUGCCUUGUGAGAUGGAAUCAAUAAACCACUCCAUGAGGGCACCGCCGCCCAGCCUCGGCGCUUCCUCCGCCGAG